CCAUAGAGAGAAUAAAUGGGAGGGUUGAAGUGGAGGUACAGCCAGAGGGAGAGUCAAAAGAGGGUGGAACUGACAGAUGGGGUGAAGCUGUCAGGGAAAGGGAAAUGAAGGAGUAAGCAAGAUAGUGCCUGCAACACAAGAGUACAGCUGACAUUAAAAGAAGACAAACUGGAUGAGAGAGCAAGGAGCGAGGAGAGAGGGAGAGAGAGAGAGAACGGGGGGGAUUUGCUGAGCGCACCACCAACAUGCUGUCUCCUGCUGCCGUCAGUGCAGCUGCUGCGUCUGUCUGGCUGCUGGCAGUGCUGGGCCCGGGCCUGUCUCUUUCAGCUGAGGACAACUCCGAGCAUGGCUUCACCCUUUGCAGUGACUGCUUCUACAGACAGACGCCUCCUCGGGGAGCCUCUGCGGGGCCGCUGCUGCGCCCACUCUGCCACAGACUGCACGGGGGACAGGCGUUCGCCACUCUGUCCAAACCAACCUGUGACACAGCUGUCUAUUCCGCCUUCCAUCUCACGCAUGGAUGGACAGAGGGGGAGGGAGAGGGGGGAGAGCUGUUGACAGAGGAGGAAGACAACAUUAAAGUAGCAGCACCAUCUCUCCUCCGAGGAGAUGGGGAUCCAUCUCAUCAUGUCUCGCCCACAGACUCCCCUCUACAACGCUGGGACUCAACGGUCACAACACUGGUUCAGUCAAGCAUCAGUCCUCAGUGCAGCACUUUAGGGGGUGAUCUCUACAUCCUGACCGGACAGGGAGGUCUUGGGGCUGCUGAAGAUGGAGAUGAGGAGUGUCAGAGGAAGCCGCUGUGGUCUGCAGUGUGCUGCGCUGUCCCAGAGGGGAAGGGCAGCUUCAGCGUAGGGCUAAUCACAGAGACAGAAGAAGGGGGCAGGCAAGUGAGCAUGAAAGAGCUGGAGGAGAUGCUGGGAGUGGCAGAAAUGUUCCCCGAAGGCUGUGGAGGAGCCGAUGCUGAGACUGUUGGAGUUGUUGUAGGUUUUCACAGUGAGGGGAUCCCUGAAAAUAUAGAAGGGAUGGAUGCAGAGGCCUCUGGCGAAGGGUCGGGAUAUACGGAUCUGGAUUCAGACAAAGCUGGUCAAGACGCUGAAGGGGAGGCUAGUCGUCAUGAUGCUGAAGGGGAGACUAGUCAAGACUCCGAAGGGGAGGAUAGUCAUCAAGACAUUGAAGGGGAGACCAGUCGUCAAGACACUGAAGGGGAGACUAGUCGUCAAGACACUGAAGGGGAGGCUAGUCAAGACACUGAAGGGAAGAUUAGUCAUCAAGUCACUAGACGUCAAGACACUGAAGGGGACACUAGUCAAGACACUGAAGGGGAGACUAGUCGUCAAGACACUAGACGUCAAGACACUGAAGGGGAGACUAGUCGUCAAGACACUAGUCGUCAAGACACUGAAGGGGAGGCUAGUCAAGACAUUGAAGGGAAGAUUAGACAUCAAGUCACUAGUCGUCAAGACACUGAAGGGGAGACUUCAGCAGAUGCAGUGAAAUCAGCGAGCAGCAUUGAAGAUCUGGAUACAGGAGCUGACAUAUUUGAGUCUUCAGGUGACCAUGAGACUGUGGAUGAACAGGAGACAGACACAAAUUCCACCAGCACUCUGGUCUACAUCCUCUCCACUGCCCUGUCCAUUCUAAAAGCACCGCUGUGCCCUGUGUUCUCCACAGCCACGCAGUUACCUGGACAGGUGACCUAUGUUCUUCAGGAAGACCUUGGAGUCCUCUCUGCCUUGCCCGGAGAUACCUUCUCCCUGCUCCACCUCUUGACCUCUGACCUCUUGUCCUGGAUAGGCUCCGCUGGAGAAUUGCUGCUGGGUGUCGGGGAAACCGGCUUCCACAGCACCUUCUACUGCACCUCGUCCAUGCUGGGAGCCCUGUGGAGCCACUGCCACACCGGGGUCACCGGCGUGGGGACCCUGGCCGGUGACACAGUGGGGGUAUUUGGUGACGCGUUGGAUAAUGCUUGGUGGGUGACCAAGUUCUUUGGGGGACGGUUGUGGGAGCAAAGUGAGGGUUAUGUAGAAACUAUGGUGUCAGAGAUGGGGGCUCAGGCCAAAGCUGUAGGAGGAGGGUUGGGGAGGUUAGUGUGGAGAAGUGUAAGCGGUGUGUGUAAUGUGUUUUGGAUGGUAGGGGGUUUCAUAAUAGGGAUUGUGGAUGUGUUCAUUGGUGGAGCGAGAGAGGCAUUUGGGUAGGGGUCAGAGUGAAGGAGGAAAGGAGCAGGACACCAGACGUGGCCGUCAGUAACAAACUUUUUCAAAGGUUUUCUCCAGGUUUGGUUUGUAUUUCUUCCGCACAAAAGGGAAAAUAGUUGAUGUCAGUUGAUGCCUUAGUUGUUUUCUUACCCUAGUAUUUUUUUGCCACACACCCACACACACACACACACGAUGGCGGAGCUGCUAUGCAAGGAGCUUGCCUGCCUUGGCUUUCAUUGUCUUUGCCAAAGACAGGAGGAGGCGGGGAGCGAACCGCCAACCCUGAGAUCAGUGGACAGUCCUCUAUAUACUGUGCAGCCUCUCCAGUAAUGCAGCCACCCAUAUAAUGUUGGUACACUUCACUAUGGAAAGCUGACUGUUGAAAUAAUCUGCUGUAUUUGAGAGCUGACCGAGCUGCGAUGAAAAACACACUGUGCACACUGUGCUUUUGGAUGUAACUGUUCAAGACUACUCUUGUAUGAUACUUGUUGCAUGCGUACAUUUGAAUAAAAGGCGGCUAACUUGCCAUUGCAACAUG